GAACUCCUUGAGACCCCAAGACAUGGCCCGGCUCCUGCCCCCUGGCCAAGGAUCCAGGCCACGACCCCUGCGGCAGUGGGGAUAGGGCUAACUUAUUUCUCGCUUGGGAUUGCUGGUUAAAUUCUUUUCCCCACCAAACCCUGCCCCGCACCCCCAAGUUCUCUUACAGUCAGUCUGGGCUCCCUGCCCCGCCUAUCCCUGAACCCACCCUUUCCUUUCCUUUCCCACCUCCACCACGAGCCUGGCUCCUAGAGAGGCCUCCCACGUCCUCUAUCUGCUGGGCCCCAGCCUGGGAAGAGAUGGCCCCACACCCUCCUUGGGGCCUGGUCGCAGCCCUGCUCUGGGGCCUAACUCUCUUCCUCAGCCUCCCAGACCCUGCCUGGCUCCAGCCCUCUCUUCCUCCCCAAUCUGCUCCCCCCGCUGAGCCCCAUCCAUGUCAUACCUGCCGGGCACUGGUGGACAGCUUCAACAAGGGCCUGGAGAGAACCAUUCGGGACAACUUUGGGGGCGGAAACACUGCCUGGGAAGAAGAGAAGUUGUCCAAAUACAAAGACAGUGAGACCCGCCUGGUGGAGGUGCUGGAGGGGGUGUGCGGCAAAUCGGACUUUGAGUGCCACCGCCUGCUGGAGCUGAGCGAGGAGCUGGUGGAGAGCUGGUGGUUUCACAGGCAACACGAAGCCCCGGACCUCUUCCUGUGGCUCUGCUCAGAUGCCCUGAAGCUCUGCUGCCCCUCGGGUUCUUUCGGGCCCUCCUGCCUGCCGUGUCCUGGGGGCACAGAGAGGCCCUGCGGCGGCUACGGGCAGUGUGAAGGGGAAGGGACGCGAGGGGGCAGCGGGCACUGUGACUGCCAGGCCGGCUACGCGGGGGAGGCCUGCGGCCAGUGUGGCCUCGGCUACUUUGAGGCAGAGCGCAAUGCCAGCCAUCUGGUAUGUUCGGCAUGCUUUGGCCCCUGCGCCCGCUGCUCGGGACCCGAGGAAUCCAACUGUUUGCAGUGCAAGAAGGGCUGGGCCCUGCACCACCUCAAGUGUAUAGACAUUGACGAGUGCGGCACAGAGCGAGCCAGCUGUGGGGCGGACCAGUUCUGCGUGAACACGGACGGCUCCUACGAGUGUCGCGACUGUGCCAAGGCCUGCCUGGGCUGCAUGGGGGCGGGGCCCGGCCGCUGCAAGAAGUGCAGCCCUGGCUACCAGCAGGUGGGCUCCAAGUGUCUCGAUGUAGAUGAGUGCGAAGCCGCUGUGUGUCCAGGAGAGAACGAGAAGUGUGAGAACAUGGAGGGGGGUUACCGCUGCACCUGUGCGGAGGGCUUCGAGCAGCUGGAGGGCGCGUGCGUGAAGGAGGAGGUCCCAGAGUCGGCGGGCUUCUUCGCGGAGAUGACAGAGGACGAGCUGGUGGUGCUGCAGCAGAUGCUCUUCGGGGUGAUCAUCUGUGCGCUGGCCACGCUCGCCGCCAAGGGGGACCUGGUGUUCACCGCCAUCUUCAUCGGGGCCGUGGCAGCCAUGACGGGGUACUGGCUGUCGGAGCGCAGCGACCGUGUGCUGGAGGGCUUCAUCAAGGGCAGAUAAUUCCCGCUGCCCCGGGGGAUGGCCUCCCACCCACCCAGGCUGCCCCACGGGCAGGCCUCUCUUGGUGGACACUCGGGACAGCUUGGUUUCUGAGAGCGGGGUGAGCACCCCAUCCCUACCCGCCUUAAGGAGCAGCGCAGACAACCUCAUCCUGGGCAGCUGUGGCUCUCGGGUGAAGAAGUAUCUGGAAGCGGAAAGCCGCGAGAUCUCUGCCUGGGGGAGGGGACUGGCCGGCUCACGGUCUGCGUGUGUGCGUCCUCAAAGCGUCUCCUGUGGCGACUGCUAGUGAGCUCUGGCCCCUGCCCAGGACCAAAGGGGCCCCCACAGGGGCAAGGCCACCCCAGCCCUUCCUGCCAGUUGCAUGCUGCCAGCUCCUGGUCUGUAUUCACCCCGUCCCUUCAGCCACUGACGUAUUUAUUCAUCUCAGGAAAUAAAGGUCUUAGAAACUGGA